CUGAUUCUUUACACCUCUGAUCAUGAAAUCAGAGUCCAGACUGAGAUCUUUAGAAGAACCUCCACACACUCCUGCUGCUGCUGCUGGAUCAAAGAUGCACCACUGCUCAGAUUGUGGGAAGAAUUUUACUAAAAUUGCUGUUCUGAAAAGACACCAACGUGUCCACACAGGAGAGAAGCCUUAUCACUGUGAACAGUGUGGAAGAAGUUUUAAUCAUCAGAGUAAUCUCAAAUCACACCAGCGUAUCCACACAGGAGAGAAGCAUCACUGUGAACAGUGUGGGAAGAGUUUUACUCAGCAGGGUAGUCUCAGAUUACACCAGCGUAUCCACACAGGAGAGAAGCAUCACUUGAAGCCGUAUCACUGUGAACAGUGUGGAAGAAGUUUUAAUCAUCAGAGUAAUCUCAAAUCACACCAGCGUAUCCACACAGGACAGAAGCCGUAUCACUGUGAACAGUGUGGGAAGAGUUUUACUCAACAGGGUCAUCUCAAAUCACCAGCAUUACACCACCGUGUCCACACAGGAGAGAAGCCGUAUCACUGUGAACAGUGUGGGAAGAGUUUUAGUGCUCGGAGUGCCCUCCUCAGCCACCAGCAGAGUCAUACAGGACAGAAGCUGUACCACUGCUCAGAUUGUGGGAAGAGUUUUACUAAAAUUGCUGUUCUGAAAAGACACCAGCGUAUCCACACAGGAGAGAAGCCGUAUCACUGUGAACAGUGUGAGAAGAGUUUUACUCAUCAGAGUAAUCUCAAAUCACACCAGCGUAUCCACACAGGAGAGAAGCCGUAUCACUGUGAACAGUGUGGGAAGAGUUUUACUCAACAGGGUAAUCUUAAAUCACACCAGAGUGUCCACACAGGAGUGAAGCCGUAUCACUGUGAACAGUGUGGGAAGAGUUUUACUCAUCAGGGUAAUCUCAAAUCACACCAGCGUAUCCACACAGGAGAGAAGCCUUAUCACUGUGAACAGUGUGGGAAGAGUUUUACUCAACAGUGUAAUCUCAAAUUACACCAGUGUAUUCACACAGGAGUGAAGCCGUAUCAAUGUGAACAGUGUGGGAAGAGUUUUACUCAGCAGGGUAAUCUCAGAUUACACCAGCGUGUCCACACAGGAGAAAAGCCGUAUCCCUGUGAACAGUGUGGGAAGAGUUUUAGUGCUCGGCGUGUCCUCCUCAGCCACCAGCAGAGUCAUACAGGACAGAAGCUGUACCUCUGUGGACACUGUGGACGGAGCUAUAAUUUUACUAAAAUUGCUGUUCUGAAAAGACACCAACGUAUCCACACAGGAGAGAAGCCUUAUCACUGUGAACAGUGUGGGAAGAGUUUUACUCAACAGGGUCAUCUCAAAUCGCACCAGCGUAUCCACACAAGAGUGAAACCAUAUCACUGUGAACAGUGUGGGAAGAGUUUUAAUCGUCAGAGUAGUUUCAAAUCGCACCAGCGUAUCCACACAGGAGUGAAACCAUAUCACUGUGAACAGUGUGGGAAAAGUUUUAAUCGUCAGAGUAGUCUCAAAGUACACCAGCGUAUCCACACAGGAGAGAAGCCUUAUUACUGUGAACAGUGUUGGAAGAGUUUUAAUCAUCAGAGUAAUCUCAAAUUACACCAGCGUAUCCACACAGGAGAGAAGCCGUAUCACUGUGAACAGUGUGGGAAGAGUUUUACUCAGCAGGGUAGUCUCAGAUUACACCAGCGUAUCCACACAGGAGAGAAGCCGUAUCACUGUGAUCAGUGUGGGAAGAGUUUUACUCAGCAGGGUAGUCUCAGAUUACAUCAGCGUAUCCACACAGGAGUGAAGCCGUAUUACUGUGAACAGUGUGGGAAGAGUUUUAAUUGCCAGAGUCAUCUCAAAUCACAUCAGUGUAUUCACACAAGAGAGAAGCCGUAUUACUGUGAACAGUGUGGGAAGAGUUUUACUACACAGAGUAAUCUCAAAUCACACCAGCGUAUCCACACAGGACAGAAGCCGUAUUACUGUGAACAGUGUGGGAAGAGUUUUACUCAACAGAGCCAUCUCAAAUCACACCAGCGUAUCCACACAGGAGAGAAGCCGUAUUGCUGUGAACAGUGUGGGAAGAAAUUUAAUCAGAGCAACACAGUCCUUCUACACCAACGUAUCCACACAGGAGAGAAGCCGUAUCACUGUGAACAGUGUGGGAAGAGUUUUACUCAACAGGAUCAUCUCAAAUCACACCAGCGUGUCCACACAGGAGUGAAGCCGUAUUACUGUGAUCAGUGUGGGAAGAGUUUUACUCAACGGGAUCAUCUCAAAUCACACCAGCGUGUCCACACAGGAGUGAAGCCGUAUUACUGUGAUCAGUGUGGGAAGAGUUUUACUCAACAGGGUACUCUCAAAUCACACCAGCGUAUACACACAGGAGAGAAGCCGUAUCAGUGUGAACAGUGUGGGAAGAGUUUUACUCAACAGGGUCAUCUCAAAUCACACCAGAGUGUCCACACAGGAGUGAAGCCAUAUUACUGUGAACAGUGUGGGAAGAGGUUUGAUCGUCAUAGUAGUCUCAAAUCACACCAGCGUAUCCACACAGGAGAGAAGCCGUAUCACUGUGAUCAGUGUGGGAAGAGUUUUACUCAUCAGGGUAAUCUCAAAUUCCACCAGCGUGUCCACACAGGAGAGAAGCCGUAUCACUGUGAACAGUGUGGGAAGAGUUUUACUCAUCAGAGCAAUCUUAAAUUACACCAGCGUAUCCACACAGGAGUGAAGCCGUGUCACUGUGAUCAGUGUGGGAAGAGUUUUACUCAACAGGGUAGUCUCAAAUCGCACCAACGUAUUCACACAGGAGAGAAGCCAUAUCACUGUGAACAGUGUGGGAUGAGUUUUAGUGCUCAGAGUGCCCUUCUCAGCCACCAGCAGAGUCAUACAGGACAGAAGCUUUUCAUAUGUGAAAAUUGUGGGAAGAGUUUUACUAAAAUUGCUGUUUUGAAAAGACACCAAAGUAUCCACACAGGAGAGAAGCCGUAUCACUGUGAUCAGUGUGAGAAGAGUUUUAAUCAACAGGAUCAUCUCAAAUCGCACCAAAGUAUCCACACAGGAGAGAAGCCGUAUCACUGUGAACAGUGUGGGAAGAGUUUUACACAUCAGAGUAAUCUCAAUUCACACCAGCGUAUCCACACAGGAGAGAAGCCGUAUCACUGUGAACAGUGUGGGAAGAGUUUUAAUCAACAGGGUCAUCUCAAAUCGCACCAAAGUAUUCACACAGGAGUGAAGCCGUAUCACUGUGAUCAGUGUGAGAAGAGUUUUACUCACCCGAGUCAUCUCAAAUCACACCAGCGUAUCCACACAGGAGAGAAGCCGUAUCACUGUGAACAGUGUGGGAAGAGUUUUACUCACCCAAGUACUCUCAAAUCACACCAGCGUAUCCACACAGGAGAGAAGCUGUGUUACUGUAAACAGUGUGGGAAGAGUUUUACUUACCUGAGUACUCUCAAAUCACACCAGCGUAUCCACACAGGAGAGAAGCCGUAUCACUGUGAACAGUGUGGGAAGAGUUUUAAUCAUCAGAGUAAUUUUAGAAUACACCAGCAUAUUCACACAGGGUUGAAGCCGUAUUACUGUGAACAGUGUGGGAAGAGUUUUACUCGACAGAGUCAUCUGCUUAGACACCAGCGUAUCCACACAGGAGAGAAGCCGUAUAACUGUGAACAGUGUGGGAACAGUUUUAGUGCUCGGCGUGCCCUCCUCAGCCACCAGCAGAGUCAUACAGGACAGAAGCUGUACCUCUGUGGACACUGUGGACGGAGCUAUGUUUAUCAAAGCUCAUUAAGGAACCACAAGUGCUCUAACAUACAACCAUAAAACAAAUCAUCUUCUUAAAUUUCUUAUUUGAAGGGAUGUAAAGGGAAAUUGUACUGUAAAUAUCGGGGGAACUUUAAAUUGUAAUGUUGAUUUUAAUUAGCUCUAACAAGCUGGACACCUUUCCAAGCCAUCAGAACAUUGUUGGUCCAUCUACAGUUACACUACAACUACACUUUAUGGCAACAUGUAUGAGGCUACCUGAGCAUCUCACCCAUAUGUGCUUUCUGAACAUUAUCUAAUGGAACGGCUUCCAAUCCAUUGUCCCCUGAGCCCAGUGUUACUGAUUUACUGCAAACUUGAGCUUGAUCACACGGUUACACAGCAAGAUCAGGGAAUAGAUUUUUGUUGUAUAUGUCUGGACCUAUAAGAAUUAAAGUGCAGACAAAUCUCACCCCAAGUCUUUUUUAAAUCUAAAAUGUUAAAUGUAUAAACCUUUAGAUAUUUUUCACCAACGUUCAUUUUUUGCGUUUCUCUAACUUCGAAUAAGUUUAUUAGUCAACUGUAAGGUUUGGUUGAGGAGUGGUAAUGGUAUGGGGCUGUACUUUAGGGGUAAGACUCAGCCCUUGACUUAAAGUGUAGGGAAAUGUUCAUUACUUUAGCAUACCAAAUAAUUUUGAACAAUGCUAUGCUUCUAAUAUUGUGGGAAUAGUUUGAAAACGGCCCUUUAUUAAUCCAGCAUGACCAUGCCACAGUGCACAAACUGAGGUUCAUAAAGACAUGGUUGGAUGAGUUUGGUGUGGAAGAACUGAACUGGCCUGCACAGAGCUCUAAUCUCGACUUCACUGAACACCUUUGAGAUUAAUGUGAAUAUUAAAAGUUGAUUAUUCUAAAUGGACUGUAUAAAUCUCGGUGUCAUUAAAAACGUCUUCAGGAACA